UCUCCGAACAGUGACGAGUUUGACAUUGUUCCUGUUAGUGACCCCGUCAUCAACAAAUGUCCCAUCAUUCACAUUGAACACAAGGUAGCGCUGGAGAGCUGGUGUGUCAAACAUCUAUAUGUGUAUUGUUAUUCCAGUUUGAUGUGUUGGAGGAAAGGUCAACAAGAAGCAGGCCCUUACCCUCAGACACAGAGCUCCUGUUGCAGUGGACCCAAGCCGUGCUGCUGCUUAACCCUGACCUACAGAUUGCUUGGAAUAUUAGACAGGAGGUGGCUCUUGUUAAAACUGAAGCCAACAGACCAGAAUCCUAUGCCAAGAAAUGUAAUUGAUUCAGAGUUUGAUCUCUGUCAAGAGGCUGCCAGUCGCUAUCCUUGUAACUAUUAUGCAUGGAGUCAUCGUGCUUGGGUUGUUCAGCACCUUGUUAAAGACAUCACACAGGUGGUGCUAAACGACCUUCAGAAAACUGAAGAUUGGGUAUGUUGUCAUGUAUCGGAUCACAGUGGUUUUCAUUACCGCCAAUUUCUAAUUGGCCAUCUGUGUCGGCACCUGCUGUCGGUUGAAGGUAUCGGUCAUUCUUCUGUUAGAUCUUCACCAAGGUCGCCUUUUACAGAAGUAACGGGUGUUGGUUGUAGUUCUCACCCUCUGGUAUGCCAGUUAUUAGGUAAAGAAAUGAAGCUGACAUCAGAUCUAAUCCAACGUUAUCCUGGACACGAGACACUUUGGUAUCAUCGUCGGUGCAUUUUGUCUCUUGUAGCACAGCAUCAGAACAUAAACUUGUUACAGCCAUUUUUCAAACGUGAACUUUACUCCAAGUGCUCGAAAAAGUCCAGGAUAGAAUUGGCUCAUGAACUUUGUGAUAAAUUUCCUUGUAAUUGUGAGUCUGAAAGACAGUUUGUACUCGGUUGUUUACAACAAGAUAGCAACAAUAAUUGGCAAAAAUAUUUAAUCAAAAAACACACUCAGUGGCUGGAUGGGGUACUAGGUUGGUUCUUCCCGAUAUCUAUGCAGUGAAAUGGUUGUGGAUAAAUUUUAGCACUUGUCAGAAAUUACAAAAACUCCAAAUAAAUGAAACUUUUUUUUUUUUUUU